AUGAAGUCUGUUUGUUUUUCUAAUAUUGUGGAGCUCUUUGAAUUUAUAAAUGAUAAGAAGAAUAACGUGGAGAUAGUUGCUUGUAUUAUUAGUAAUAUUUUAGGAAGUUUUUAUAAGUGCUUUUUUUACGUUAAUGAAAUAACUUUAAAUAAAUUAGAAAAUGGAUUUCCAUUUGAUGCAUCAUCUAUUAAAUUAUGCUCCGACACAGAACUUAGUGAUUUUUAUAUUAAAGCAGACUAUCAAACUUGUUAUAUUGAAGAAACAGAUGGAAGAAAUGUUUUAAAUGUCAUAUGUGAUAUUAAAAGAUAUAAUGGGUUUGAUUAUUAUAAGUGCCCAAGAACAAUAUUAAAGAAAGCUUGUGAUUACAUUAAAAAAAAAGGAGUAGCUGAUAAGGUUUGUAUAGGUAAUGAAGUGGAAUUUUUUAUAUUUGAUAAGGUGAAUUAUAGCUUAGAUGAAUAUAAUUCAUAUCUAAAAGUUUAUGAUAGAGAAUCAUUUUGUUGUAAAAAUGAUUUAUCUGAAGUAUGUGGGCAAAAUAAUAUAAAUAAAUCGGAUUUUUAUGGGGAAUCAUCUUCUAUUAAUAAUAAUUUUACAUUUAAUGAUGAUAGUAAGAAGGUAAAAAAAAAGUGUGGUUAUUUUGCAACAGAUCCAUAUGAUACUUCCAAUAUAAUUAAACAUAGGAUUUGCAGAACUUUAAAUAAUUUAAAUAUUAGUGUGCAAAGAUAUCAUCAUGAAGUGUCAACUAGCCAACAUGAAAUAUCAUUAAAAUAUUUUGAUGCAUUAAAAAAUGCUGAUAAUUUAUUUAUAGCUAAGCAUAUAAUAAAAAGAAUUGUUCACAAUUUCAAUAGAACAGCCACAUUUAUGCCUAAACCAUUAGUUAGCGAUAAUGGUAAUGGUUUACAUUGUAAUAUUUCCUUGUGGAAGGAUAAUAAGAAUAUUUUUUUUAAUGAUGAUCCAUCUACUUUUUUUUUAUCUAAAGAUGCUUUUUAUUUCAUGAAUGGAAUAAUAAAACAUUCGAAAGCAUUACAAGCUUUUUGUAAUUCAACUAUGAAUUCUUAUAAGAGAUUAGUACCAGGUUUUGAAACAUGUCAGAAAUUGUUUUACUCUUUUGGGUCAAGAAGUGCUGUUAUAAGAUUAUCACUGAUCAAUCACGAUAAUUCUUCUGAAAAAAGAAUUGAAUAUAGACUACCAGAUAAUGUUAAUUCUCCACAUUUAAUGACUGCUGCUAUUAUUUUAGCUGGAUAUGAUGGAAUUAAAACAAAGGAACAACCAUUAGUUCCUUUUGAGAACAAAAAUGAUAAAUUCUUUAUAUCUAGUGUAUUUUCCAACUAUGUUGAGAAUUCAGAAGAGUUUAAAACACUUACACAUGCAUUAUCAGACUAUGAUUCUAUGUAUAAUUUAAAAGAUUCUCCAGAUUUUCACAAUUUUUUUAAAUGCAAAGAACCAGAGAGUAUUUCUUUUUCUCUAGCAGAAAGUUUAGAUGCACUUGAAAAGGAUCAUCAUUUUUUAACUGUUGACAAUAUUUUUUCAGAGGAAAUGAUACAAGAAUAUAUAAAAUAUAAGAGAGAAGAGAUUUUUUCUUAUAAUAAAAAUGUAACUGCUCUUGAUUAUCAUCUUUAUUUUGAUUGUUAG